AGCGCUGUAGUGCGGCGGUGCGGGAGGAGCGUGCGGCGUGUUUCCGAGUCCGUGUGAUUGGGCGCUGUUUUUCUAACCGGUCCUGCGUACCCCACAGGGAGUGACGGAUUGGCAGUAGUGGAGCGGGCGGUUAAAUAAACACGGCGAUGGAAGCCGAGUUUCGGGAAAUUGAUGAAUCCGAGAACUGGAACGCCAUUUACCAGGAAAUCAGACAACAGUCAAGUGAACUGCCGUGCAAGGUUGCCAAACUUCCAGAAAACAGAAGCCGCAAUCGCUACAGAGAUGUCAGCCCAUUUGACCACAGUCGAAUUCAUCUUCAGCUCGGCAGCAACGACUACAUCAAUGCCAGUCUGAUCUCCAUGGAGGAGGCGCAGAGAAGCUACAUUCUCACUCAGGGUCCUUUACCUACCACAUGUGGGCAUUUCUGGGAGAUGGUGUGGGAGCAGAGGACUCGUGGAGUAGUCAUGCUGAACCGUGUCAUAGAGAAGGGCUCGGUGAAAUGUGCGCAGUACUGGCCACAGAGGGAGGAGCGGGAAGCCAUUUUCGAGGACACAAACUUCAAGCUUACUCUUGUCUCGGAGGAUGUGAAAUCGUACUAUACAGUCCGGCAGCUGGAGCUGGAGAAUCUUUCAACUCAGGAAACCAGAGAGAUUCUUCAUUUUCACUACACCACCUGGCCUGACUUCGGAGUGCCCGAGUCUCCUGCCUCUUUCCUCAACUUCCUGUUCAAGGUGCGAGAGUCAGGCUGUCUAAACUCAGAUCAAGGGCCUGUGGUGGUCCACUGCAGCGCUGGCAUCGGUCGCUCCGGAACCUUCUGCCUUGUAGACACCUGCCUCCUACUGAUGUCUCUGCGGAAAGACCCAUCUUCAGUCCAGAUCAAGGAUGUUCUCCUGGAGAUGCGGGGGUACCGGAUGGGUCUAAUCCAAACAGCAGACCAGCUCCGAUUCUCCUACCUCGCCGUCAUAGAGGGUGCUAAGUGCAUCAUGGGAGACACUUCUAUCCAGGAGUCAUGGAAGGAGUUGUCAAAUGAGGAAGAUCCUCCCCCAGAGUUCACUCCCCCUCCUAGGCCACGUCCACCAAAGCCUCCCUACAACGGACCCCAGUCCACGCCCCAGUUUUUCCCUGAGCAUGAGAUUAUACAGGCCAACAACGUCAUCUACACACACAGUGCUCCUUCAGAACCGGAGUUUCGCAGACGGACGGUGGCAACACUGGCGGCUUCGGCACCAGCAGAGUUUGAGACGCCAACAGUGCCCACCGACGAGCCUGAUGAUGCCAGCGACCCGGUCACCACGACGACAGAAGCGCCGCCCAAACCGUCAAGGUCACCACCAGAGAAGAGGCCUGUGGGACAGUGGAACCCCCUGCUGGUUAGCGUGUGCCUGUGCACGCUGUCUGUAGCCUGUGUAGUUGCUCUGGGAACAUACUGUUACCGCACUUACUUUCACUGAUUAUUUUUAUCUCUCUGUAUCUCUUUUACUCUCUCUCUGUCUGUCUUCCUGCUUCUCUAGCUCUCUCUCUCUCUCUCCCUCCCUCUGUCUGUUGUUAGUGUGAGGUUGGCCGAAUAGAUUCUACUGGCCAGCCAGCUCUCUCUACCUCCUUUGAGAGAGAAAGAGAGAGAAUUAGAUAAGAGAUGGGGGAGAGAGAGAGAUUGAGAGGGACAGACACCUGCCAUCAAGCCCUGUCUCUGUUCGUUUCAAAAUUUUCCCCACUUCUUUUCCCUACACAGUUUGGGGAAGGAUGUAGAGAAAAGACUUUCUUAGGCAAACUGCUGUACCCUAUUACACGACACAAACACACCACACACACAAGCAGUCUGUCUGUUCGAUAGCUCAGGGCCUCACAUUUCAGGUGUCCCCCAAAUAUGACAUCCAGGUUUUACUUAUCCAAAUAAUCCCUUUUAUUAUUGCUGCAAUAAGCAAGGGAAUGUGUGUGUGUCUACUGUGUGUGUAUAGAGGAUGUCUGUUUUUGUGUCAGAGUAAUAGGUUGUGUGAAUACAUGUGUCACAGUUCAUGUCAGCGUUUUAAGAAAAAAAAAAUAUCACUGCAGUUUGCGUACACCAUAACUGCCACACAUGGACUCCUGUGGCUUUGGCAAUCUGUUUAGCCUUUCCCAAAUAUACAGUGUUUGUUUCUCUUCUGUUUUUCUGCUAAGCUUUAAUGAUGCCCCUUGCAAAGCUCUGAGUUUUGUGUGUGUGACGUGCGAGUGGGGAGAGGAGGGAGUGGUAUCGAGUCCACUCCGAAAGCAAUCUUGCCAGCCAUGAAAUAAAGGUUUAUGUUCUUCCUGCCCAACGCAAGGGCUCACAUUUGCACUUAGCUUGUUCUGAAAACGAAACAUCAUAAUUGAAAUAUCUUGAUCAAAGAUAAGACACCAGCGUGUCCAUCCUACUCAUUUGCAUGGAUUUGCUUUAGUUCUUACAGAAACUCGCGGAAUGUGUUGUUGUUUUUGUUUCUCUACGUUGGUUUUUCUUCUAUUUUUUUUUUCCACUUUUUUAUACAACUUGUCCAUUUUUCCAUCCAUCUUGUAAACAUUGGAUCAACAUAUUCAGGGACAUUCACCUCGUUUGUAUGCUGUAGUCCAGCUCCCUGAAAGCUUUUCUGGCUCAGACCCAUGUCAUGUCUUGGGAAGGGGGACGAGGGGGGGUGGGAUGUUCUGAACGUUACUUAAACGUUAUUUCAGGGUUAUGACUCUGUAACCUUUGCAGGCCGCAUUUACGCACAAAACCACCAGGUCCUCCAAUGAGGACAUGCCCUGGCUUGAUACCAAACCCAGUUCUGCAUUUGCAAUCAUAGCACAUUGGAGGUAGUGUAAAAAUGUUUAAAAAGCUUUAACGUCAAUGCAUCAUAUAGCCACCAGGAGGCAGCAUUGAGUUCUGCUUAUCAGGAAAAGCAUCCUUUUAAGGGGUUUGGUCAUCAUUUCCUCCUCUUCUUACUCCUUCCCUAGCAAUAUGUAAAUCCAUCUGUGUGUCUUAGGCUGUUCUUGGGAUGCAGCUUGUAGUUUGUAAUGGCAGCUCUGACGUCUGGUUUCUUCGCCAAACGCCAACGUGGAUAAAUGAUUUUUUUCCCCUUCUCUUCUGCUUGAGAGUAUAUGAUUUCCACUUCCCAUGUUUUGUUCUUUGUGACAACUUUUGGAUUUUCUGAAAGCCGUUUAGGAAUUUGUGUCAUUUGUAUACUCCAGAUAACCUAAAAUGAAUAAAAUAAAUAUGAAAAAACAUGGAAAUAAAAAAAGAAAUGGUGCAAGUAACAUGCUUUGUUUUCUGCUCAGCUGUAUGAAUAAAACAUAAGUUCUGCUCAUCGUUGGUUAAUCUGGAACAGUUGUUUGAGAGAGUCAUGGGUGGUUUUUUGUCGUUGUCUAAAUUCCAAUUUACGUAUAUAUCUCUUUAAAUGAUAAAACAUUGGAAUAAAUUAAACCAGACAUUAAUGGCUGAAUUGAAAUGGGCAUGAAUUAAAGCAGGAGUCUAAUCAGUUUAGACAUACACUGGGGGGUCCCCCUUCAAUAUUUUUUCUUUCAAUGAACUCAGUCUUGUGUAAAAAAAAAAAUUUUUUUUUUUUUUGGUGUAGCUGCCUCUUUCUAAUCAGUCCAAUAAGACUUUUGAUUGUAUUUCUUCUCUUUGCUGGGAAAAAAUGAUUGUGUUCAUCCACUGCAGCUCUACCUUUUGGAUUCAUGGUUCGAGUGCUAAGGUCCAGUUUAACUAGUCCCCAUUACACAAUGCCCAGUUCUUGUGUCCUGUCCUGUGUCCUAUAGAAUGUAAUAACCUCUUCAUGGACGUCCUCAUGUUACUACCUGUUAUAAUAGGUUGCUUUGUGCCAGGUAUAGCACUUGAGUGUGUGAGUGUGUAUGCCAAUGUGUGAUUUAUAUUUUUGGACUGGCAAACUAAAAUAAACAAAAAAACCCACCUUUUUGGCAUCUUUUUUUAAUGGUUAUGUCAUCUUACUUUUUUUUUUUUUGUAAAAAAAAAAGAAAAGAAAAGGGAAAAAAACUACUGCUUUGUUGUGGUUGGAUCUGAUUUGCAUUGGAGAAUUUUUUUUGUGCAUUUUUUUUUAUGUUAAGACUGAAAAACAAACGUCGUGGUAAUAAAAUCAUAUGUCUUA